AUGUAUUUAUCAAACUCCAACUCUUAUUUAACAUUUAUUUAUCAAAAUGAUAAACCAGAAUUAAGAUCUCAUAUAAAUUUUUGUGAAAAUGCGGAAUUUUUGUGCCUAUUUUAUAAAAUCAAAGCUCCUUUUAUACAAGAAUCAGGAUGUAAGACAAUUGGUGAAAAAAUUCUUUAUGAACCAACUAUUGAUGGAUUAAAAAUUUUAUUGACUGGAAAAGAAGAUGAUUGUGUGAAAAAUAAUCGUCAGAGAAAUUUGACAGUCAAUUUAGUUUGUGGUACUAGAUAUAAUUCAACUUUAUUUAAAAAACAAAUUGAAGAUAAUAAAAUUAAGGAAAUUGCCACAUGUAUUUAUAGUGUUACCUAUUUAACCAAUACAGUAUGUGUACCUUGUCCACCAGGGUGUGGAGAUAUAAAUUCACAUGGUAUAUGUGAUAUAAAUGAUCAAAAGGGAUGUGUUUGUGAUUCAUAUACAAAUGGAGAAAUAUGUGACAAUUCACGAAUUGAAAUUACCAAUAAAUUAGAAGUAAAAGCAGAUGGAGGAAAUGUAACUUUUAAAGGUUAUUUUGGCGAUAAUUCUAGUUCAACUUCAAUUUCAAUAGAAGAAUUAAAUUGUAACCCAAUAUUUUAUAUUAGUGAGAAUGAAUUAAUUUGUACAACUGGUAAGAAUCAAGGAACGAAGGAUGUUAUAUUAAGAAUUGGUGAUUUAGGACCAGUUCAUGCCAAGAUAUUCUUCAAUGGUUGUAUAGCAAAUUGUUCUACAAAUGGUGAAUGUCAAUUCGAUCAGGAGUAUACAUGUAAUUGUAAUUCAUUGACUAGUGGUAACCAUUGUCAGACUUAUCAUUUGAGUUUAAAUUCAAUUGUUCCUUUAAAUAUUAGUGGUGGUUUAACAACACUUUAUGGUAAUUUUGGUUCACCAAAUGAUAAUUUCCCAUUUACAGUUUAUAUUGGUGACUAUCAACAAUGCAUAAAUAUAACUCAUAUUAAUGAAACGACCAUAACUUGUUAUGUUGGACCAGGUACUGGUAUUCACAAUACUAUAAUUUCAAUUGGUAAAUCUAAUUCUUCGACAGUUGAAUUUAAAUAUAUUGAGUGUUCUUUAAAUUGUUCAAAUCAUGGUUUAUGCAUAGUUGUUGAAGAAGAUGGCACUGGUUUCUGUAAUUGUGAUUCACAAACAAUAGGUAAUAGUUGUGAAAUAUCAAAAUUGUAUAUUAGUUCAAUUGAUUCAACUUCAAUCGAAGGUGGAAAUGUAACGAUUUAUGGUUAUUUUGGUAUUUUAACUUCAAAUAUUACCAUUUUGAUUGGUGAUUUGCAUUGUACUGAUAUUAAUCAGUUCAAUAAUUCAACUAUAAAUUGUAUUAUUGGAAAAGGUAGUGGUAUUAAAGAUGUUGAAAUUUUUGAUAAUGAUUUAAUAGCUAUGGGUAAGAAAAUUUUUAAAUAUAUCCAACCAUCUUUCAAUUGUUCAACAAAUUGUUAUUUAAAUGGUAAGUGUAAUACAACAAAUGGAGCUUGUAUUUGUGAUGAAGGAUUCACUGGUAUCGAUUGUUCUUCAAAAGGUUUAUCACCAUCAACUCCUAAUGUAAAUCUUACAACUGGUGAAUCAUCAAUUAUAAAUGAAAAAUCACAAUAUUUCAUUAGUAUUUUUUCAUUAGUUGAAAUAAAUUAUAAUGGUACAAUUGUUAAAGAAUUCCUUCUUGAAAAUAGUUGGAAUUAA